UCUUUACCUCUUUGCCCACAGAAAAGAUGGGUGCAGAGAGGGGGGUGGGGUGUCCUGUUAACUUCCACAGGGGCUGGAUUUGAGGGUGGCGGGGACGCAGGCUGCAGCGAGAGGUCAACACCCCCGCCCCCGGACCGCUUGCUUCUCUGGGGGGUGGGAGAGGCUCUGCCCCCUUCCUCUGACGAGAAGCGACUCCCUCCGCUACGAUGUCGGCACCUAUAAGAAGUUAGGCACUGUUGGGUAAAUGGAGAACUGCGAUGAACAGUGGCCAGAGGGCCAGCGCCCCCUUGAGGCACCGGGAAUUGGCACUGCCACCAGAUCUGUGGAAGAGUGUGCGGUUCUGUACUCUGAUACGGAGGACGAUCCGUCGCUCCUGACAGACAACGGAGGCGGCGCCCGGGCCCCUUUCCACUGCUCUGAGUGUGACAAGAGUUUCCGCUACCGCUCAGACCUACGCCGCCAUUUUGCCCGGCAUACUGAACUGAAGCCUUUCCAGUGCCCUCACUGCAUCAAGAGCUUCAAGCAUUCCUUCAACCUGGUGAACCACAUCCGGAGCCACACAGGGGAGCGUCCCUACCGCUGCACCAUGUGCCCGAAAGGCUUUCGGGACUCCACUGGACUUCUCCACCAUCAAGUGGUCCACACCGGAGAGAAGCCCUACUGUUGUCACGUCUGUGAACUGCGCUUCUCCUCCCGCAGCAGCUUGGGCCGCCACCUCAAGCGGCAGCAUCGGGCUUCCCCUGCUGCCACAGCCCCUCAACCCCCUACCCCUCGCUGCCUAGCCUGCGGCAAAGAGCAAAGUCCCCUGGGACACCUCUGUAGUGCUGGGCGAGGUCGGGCUGCCCCUUUUGGUUGUGGGGCCUGUGGCCGGCACUUUCAGCUGGCCUCUGAACUGCGACGCCAUUGGCUGGCUCAUACAGACAUCAAGCCCUUUAAAUGCCCAGAAUGUGAGCGGGACUUUAACGCCGCGUCCUUGUUAGAGCGCCACAAACUCACACAUGCCAAGGACAGGCCCCCGCCUUGCCCAGUCUGUGUAGGGAAGGUCCAACAGGCUGACAAGGGUCUAGAACUAGAAGGUUUGGAAGAGGAAAAGAAAGAGGAGGAGCCAGAAGAAGGGGCCCUGCAGCACAGCAGAGGUUGCCCAAAUCGCCACUCACCAGACACCCGGCCCCCAGAGACCUUGUACCAAUGCGAAUGCGGGACCUUUUUUGCUAAUGGCAACACUCUCGCGGCUCAUUUGACUGCCCACGGAGGUGAGCCCUCCUUCACCUGUGGCAUCUGUGGCCAGCCCUUUGUGAAUCUGCAGUCCCUGGAGGAGCACCAGCUGAGCCACGCUGUGGCCACACCUCCAACCCCUGGCUCGGGCAGCGAGCUGGAGCGCCACCUUUUGCCCCAGCUGGACCUCCGAACGUUCCCAGCCCGGCCAGGCAAAAAACUCUACAAAUGCAGCGAGUGCGAGAAAUACUUCCGCAGCCCCCGGGAUCUCGACCGGCAUGUCUUGGUGCACACCGGCGAGAAGCCCUACCAGUGCACCGAGUGCGGCAAGUUCUUCCGGCACGAAUGCUACUUGAAACGGCACCGGCUGCUGCACAGCGGCGAACGGCCUUUCAAGUGCACCGUCUGCCACAAAGGCUUCAUCACUCUGAGCAACCUUUCCCGGCAUCUCAAGCUGCACCGUGGGAUUGACUAGUGGGGGACUGGGAGCUCCUGAAACUAUAGUCCUGCCCUGCUUUCCUCUACCUCCACCCUAGGGGCAGCCAGAAGUGAUCCUGUUGUGGAGACACAGCUCUUGCCUCAUGCACUCAAAACCCACACUCGCCUACCCUUCCCUCAUGGUCCGUUAGCUUAGGGUAGAGGCCUUGCGAUGUAAAGAUGACAGCAAUACAAGAAAGUAUUACUUACUAGUGUUCCGUUUUGCAGCUGGUAAAAAUAUCUUGCACAUACUCAAGAGCUGUUGAGUAUUAGUGGUGCUUGCUUGGACAGGGAAUUGAGCACUUUGGAUUUGUUCCUGCAAUAUUCCAGGUGGAAGGAAAGGAAUGCCAGGGACUUAACCCCUUCAGUCAAGGCGGUUGUCUCCAGGAGUGCUACCCAAGUGAGCCUACCCAUGCCAAGGUUCCUUUAUCCCAGAUUAGUGUAAGUGCUCUAGGACAACUGUUCUUAGAACAUGAGGAUGACUUCCCUAGGAGGGUCUCCCAUUGGUCAUGGGAGACACAAGCUCCUCCCGGGGAUGUGUUGAGCUUUGGACCAGGAGACCCAUGACUAACCUACCACCAACACUUCCUUACCACCAUCAUGCAGGAGGCCUAGCUUUUGUGUUCAUAGGCAGCACUAUUGGUCAGUGUAAAUGUAUUCUUUUGCAGGAACCUUACAUCAUGCUGUUGGACUGCGUGAUUCUGUUCCUCCCUCUCCCCCCCCCCCACCCCUUGAUCUUCUCUGCCUCUGGACAAGAGUCACUGCAGUUAGGACAGACUUCUGCCUUCCCCAUUCCAUCUCUAGAGGCAUAGCAGCAUCCUGAACCUCAGACUGCCAGGAUUUUCACUCCCCCAAGGAAUUCUGGCCAUGAGAAUGGAUGAGUCAGGUUCAAAAGAUUCUCAAGAUCCUCACAGAAUUACAUUUCCUGAGGCUUCCAGGGGAAAGGAAGGCUCAUUGACCUGAUGGAAAAUCCAUUUGUAGGAUAACUGUGCCCAGCGUUAUUUAUAGAGAGGCUUGAAGGUUUAAUUUAGGGAACCCCUGCUUAACAGCUGUAAUAUGUCUGAGUGCAAACACUUUUUUUAAAGUAUCCCUUUUAAAAAAUCAUCACGUGUUCAGCUUAAAAAUGGCAAGGUUUAACAACAAAAAUAGUUUCCUUCAGCC